UGUGCGUGUGUGCAUGUGUGUAUGAGGUCAUGUCCGGGAUGACGAGCGGCGUCUGCGUGGAGAGUGACCUCUCCUCGAUGCUCCAGAGAAGCUCCGCCCCCUCCCACCACCACCCGAAUCACCACGGUUAUGGCGGACAGGGACAGGUGUCGGGUCUCGCUCCGAUGUUGGACUACACCUCAGAGAUGGAUCGUUACCGCUCGUCCAUCGCCAGCUUCUAUAAGACCAACGUCAACAUGAACAUGAACGUCACAAACUUUCCUCAGUCGGCCAAACUGGCGGCCCGUUUGGCGGCUGCCACCCCUAUCUUCCCUCCCACCGCCGCCAGGCUGGGCGCAAUGGCGACAGCGCCCUGGGGCUGCCACGAAAACAUGAACAUGAACAUGAAUCACCCGGCAGCCAUGUUCUGGGGCCGACCCAAGCCUGUAGCGACUGGCCCGACACAUCAUCACCACCAUCACCAUCACCCAACAGCGACACCGAGUCACAUGUCCUCCUCACACCCCCACGGUACCAGCAUGCACCAGGGUAGCGGGGGAUCAGGAGGGGGAGGGGGUGGAGGUGGCAGCGAAGGGGGAAGAGCUGAAAAACACGGACACACUGCCCCUUCACUUCCCGUCACACAGGGGACGUCGCAUCAUCACCCCAUGGCGCCAAGCAAUGGGAACUUCCUCCCAAGUUAUGGUGGCGGAGCGGACUGCGGCGCUAUGAACAAACAAGGACACGCCCAUGCAGACAUGAUGGGCCUAUCAGAUGGUGGAAGCUGCAAUGGGGGAGGGGUGAUGGGGGGCGGCUUCCUAGGGGGACUAGGAUUACCUCCAGGGGUCAUUGUCAUGGCGAUGGGCUCAGCAGGAGGCGGGAUCUCAGACGCAGGAAGCGCCUUCCAAAUGACAGGAGGCCAGCGGGCCCUAACAGACUGCCAGCAGCACGCAAACUCCUCGCCCUGCCCAUCCUCCUCAUCACCCUCAUCAUCAGGGGUGACAACAGGAGGCGUGGCCUUGUCAUCAUCCUCUUCCUCGUCAUCAGGGGCAGUGGCAAAAAGGAAGAGGAAACGCUGCGGCGUGUGUGGGCCAUGCAGGCGACUCAUCAACUGCGGGGUCUGCUCGUCCUGCCGCAACAGGAAGACAGGUCACCAGAUCUGCAAAUUCAGGAAGUGCGAAGAGCUGAAGAAGAAACCAGGGGGAGGAGGGGGGGUUCUGGAGCGGCCGCCCUCCGUCCCAACAGGCGAGGCUUUCCGUUGGUUUUUCUAACUUUCCCUCCGCUCGCAGACAGCGGAGGGAGCAUGAGGU